CUUUCAUUCGUUCCAACACAAGUCCCUCUUGGAUUGGUUGACUACUCAGGAGUCUCCCUGCUUUCCUAGCCAAUCAGGGCGCACGACUUCCUGUAAAUUCGCCUUCUGGGAAGGAGAGGCUUUCUUUCCCUGAGGGAAGGGGGAGGAGGCGGCGAGAAGAACUGGACGGGAGAGAAGACGUUGAUGCUGCAAUGAACGUCAAAAGAGUGUGCCUGCUAACCCUUCUCCUAGCGCUGGCACAGCUUGCUGUAUUAGCCAGGUGCCAGGAGGAGGAAGAAGGGGAAGAUUCUAUUGCCAGUGAGGAAACUGAUGAUGAUGACGAUGACAAUGACGAUAAUGAAGACGAUGAUUCAGAAGUAAAAGAAGAAAACGGUGUUUUAGUGUUGAAUGAUGCAAACUUUGAUAGUUUUGUUGAAGGCAAAGAUACUGUACUUCUGGAGUUUUAUGCCCCCUGGUGUGGGCACUGUAAGCAGUUUGCUCCAGAAUAUGAAAAAAUAUCCAAAACACUAAAAGAAAAUGAUCCACCCAUUCCCGUUGCCAAAAUAGAUGCUACAACAGCCCCUACUGUGUCAAGUCGAUUUGAUGUUAGUGGUUAUCCAACCAUUAAAAUUCUGAAGAAAGGGCAGCCAGUGGAUUAUGAUGGCUCAAGAACAGAAGCAGAAAUUGUGGCUAAAGUAAAGGAGGUUUCACAACCUGACUGGAUCCCUCCACCUGAAGCUACAUUAGUUUUGACCAAAGAGAACUUUGAUGCAACAGUGAAUGAAGCAGACAUAAUUCUGGUUGAAUUCUAUGCUCCAUGGUGUGGACAUUGCAAAAGAUUAGCUCCAGAAUAUGAGAAGGCAGCUAAGGAGCUUAGUAAGCGUAUUCCUCCUAUCCCCCUAGCAAAAGUUGAUGCUAUUGCAGAAACAGAUCUUGCAAAGAGAUUUGAUGUGUCUGGAUACCCUUCUCUCAAGAUCUUCCGCAAGGGCAAACCUUUUGACUACAAUGGGCCAAGAGAAAAAUAUGGAAUUGUUGAUUACAUGAUAGAACAAGCUGGCCCUCCAUCCAAACAAAUACAGGCCAUUAAACAGGUACAAGAAUUUCUGAAAGAUGGAGAUGAUGUUGUUAUUAUUGGCGUUUUUAAAGAAAGCCAGGACCCAGCUUACCAACUCUACCAAGAUGCAGCUAACAGCUUGAGAGAAGAAUAUAAGUUCCACCAUACUUUCAGCAGUGAAAUAUCAAACUUCCUAAAAGUAGAUCCUGGAACACUGGUGAUGAUGCAACCUGAAAAAUUUCAAUCAAAAUAUGAGCCUACAAUGUAUGUUUUGGAUAUAAAAGAAUCUACUGAUGUUGCUGAAGUGAAAAAACAUGUGGUGAAACAUGCCCUGCCUCUUGUUGGUCAUCGCAAGACUGCUAAUGACGCUAAGAGAUAUGCUAAGAAGCCCUUAGUAGUUGUUUAUUAUAUGGUAGACUUCAGCUUUGACUAUCGUGUUGCUACCCAGUAUUGGCGUAAUAAAGUCUUAGACGUGGCUAAGGACUUUCCAGAAUACACUUUUGCAAUUGCUGAUGAAGAAGACUACUCUUCAGAGAUAAAAGAUUUGGGACUGAUUGACAGUGGAGAAGAUGUUAAUGCUGCUAUCUUUGAUGAAGCUGGUAAAAAAUAUGCCAUGGAACCUGAAGAAUUUGACUCUGAUACACUUAGGGAAUUUGUUUUGUCAUUCAAAAAAGGUAAACUAAAGCCCAUUGUGAAAUCCCAGCCAAUACCAAAAAAUAACAAAGGUCCAGUGAAGAUUGUUGUUGGUAAAACUUUUGAAUCCACAGUAAUGGAUCCAAAUGCUGAUGUUCUUAUAGAGUUCUAUGCUCCCUGGUGUGGGCAUUGCAAGAAAUUAGAACCCAUCUAUAUGGAAUUGGGUAAAAAAUACAAGAAUCAGAAAAAUCUGAUAAUUGCUAAAAUGGAUGCAACUGCUAAUGAUGUCACAAAUGACAAUUACAAAGUAGAAGGUUUCCCCACCAUCUAUUUUGCUCCCAGCAACAAGAAGAAAAAUCCAAUUAAAUUUGAAACCGGGGAAAGAGAUUUGGAGAACUUGAGUAAAUUUGUUGAAGAACAUGCCACCAAAUUAAGCAAAACAAAAGAUGAACUUUAAGUAGAACAAUUUUCAGAUUUAAGGAAAAGUCUGUGCAAACUUACUGAAAGAAUGGGGGGAAUAGUGCAGCAUCUGGAGCAAAGGGGAUUUGGGGUAGCAAAACAUUGCAGUAUGAGAUUUUUGUAUUACAAAGCAGAUCUGAACACUGCACUUUUUGAUGUGAAUUUUUAUUAGUUUAAUGUUCUUGAUCUAAGAAAAUACAUUUUUUUGUGACAAAUAAUCUUGAUUCAUUUCUGUGUGAAAACAAAGCUUUAACCUUUAUCAAACAAAUUAAUAAGACUAAUUCUAUCUGAUUUUUUAAUGGAGAGAAGGUGAUACGGACAUAAAAAGAAACUUUCUGGUGCAUGGCCAAACACAUGGCAAUAUAUGAACUGGUUCUUCCUAGUCCUUGCAGAACAGAAGAAUAAUUCUAGAUGGCAAUAGUUUCUGUGCUUUAUUUUUGCAAGUAACCACUGAGCAACCUAUAUUCAUACCACUUGUGAGAUUUAUUUUUAACAACUGUUAAAAGAUAAAACUAAUUCUGAGAUUAAAAAAUGUUCCUUAGUUACUGCUUAAUCCCAGUAAAGUACCACCACCAUUAUACUUACCAGAUGUUUGAGGUGAAACUCAUGUAUGGCAGGCUAUAUCCAAAAGGAAGAAUUUAAAGUAUGGAAAACUAGUGCACCUUUUUUCUCUUCAUAACCAAAUUACUCAAUUGUAUGUUCCUAGGCUGGUUUUUCACUUUCAUAUAUCUACACUUUAGCUUCCUGUGAAAGAAGUAAAUUUGGAUAUUUGUUGAACUCUUCUGUUAGGAAUUAAGUCUUACGUUUUGUGAUCAUAAGUUGUCUGUUGGCAUGUUAAGUGACAGUAGCAAAUGCACUCUUGUAAUCUUCAUGUAAAAAUAAGUAACCUGAUGACAUUUCUGACAGUCCCUUGGCAUUGGCCAUACUAGCUGGAUUUGGUAAGAACUGAAGAAAAGACAAUCUGGAGGACA